CAUGAUUUUUCACUUUUUUAUGGGGUGCAGGAAGCAAAAGCCCUCCUCCUUUCAACGCCCAUACCUAAAAAGGCCACAAAUUAAAACCCAAUUCAAUCCGAAACAGAGAGAGCGAGGACACCAUGGCCAACAACAACGAAGAGGAAGAGGAAGCAGUGGCGCCAAUGGUGAAGUUGGGUUCUUACGGUGGUGAGGUUCGGUUGGUGGUUGGUGGGGAGGAAUCCGCUGCGGAGGAGACCAUGCUGCUGUGGGGUAUUCAGCAGCCCACACUUUCCAAACCCAAUGCCUUCGUCUCUCAAGCUUCCUUGCAACUCUCCCUCGACUCUUGUGGCCACUCUCUCUCCAUUCUUCAAUCCCCUUCCUCACUGGGAACGCCUGGAGUAACUGGAGCAGUGAUGUGGGACAGUGGAGUUGUACUGGGAAAGUUUCUAGAGCAUGCUGUUGACUCAGGGAUGCUUGUCCUUCAGGGAAAGAAGAUUGUUGAAUUGGGUUCUGGUUGUGGAUUGGUUGGUUGCAUUGCAACCCUUUUGGGUAGUGAGGUCAUUGUCACUGAUCUGCCAGAUAGGCUGAGGCUACUGAGAAAGAAUAUUGAGACCAACAUGAAACAUGUUUCUCUACGGGGUUCUGUAACAGCAACUGAGCUCACAUGGGGAGAAGAUCCUGACCCAGAACUCAUUGACCCCAAACCCGAUUUUGUGAUAGGAUCUGAUGUAGUGUACAGUGAGGGGGCAGUUGUGGAUCUUCUAGAAACACUUAUGCAGCUCUCUGGACCUAAUACAACAAUAUUUUUGGCUGGAGAACUCCGAAAUGAUGCCAUUCUUGAGUACUUCUUAGAAGCUGCAAUGGAUAAUUUCACUAUUGGCCGCGUGGAACAAACGCUCUGGCACCCUGAUUAUUGCAGCAAUCGUGUUGUUAUUUAUGUUCUAGUGAAGAAAUGAUUGUUGAGAAUAUGAUGUUUAGUUGUCUUCUUUAACGCUAGGAACAUGAUGUCCAUAUUGUGAAUCAAGAAUUUAACCAUAUUUUCUUUGUUAGCCCUCAAGUAUUUUGUUAUUUUCUGUCCUUGUGAGUUUGGUUUGGUUUGAUGAGUUCCAAACAAUGCCAUAUUGUGACAUUUUAAUGGGACGGAAUGCUGAAGAUUUAGCUGCGAAUUGGAACUCUGUACACCAAGACUUAGCUAAGCUGUGUUAAAACCAAUAUUUAAAUAAUGCACUUACUGCCUCUUUUUUUGUAUUUGAUAAUAGAAAAAUGUUAACACCAA